AGGCAAAUAAAGACAGUAGGUUGAUAGCCACAACGCCAAGAACAGGAAUCUUCACUCAACAUCAUCUCUGCCCCUCCCCAAGUAUUUAAUUUGCCAUUUUCUCCGCAAAUCAUCCUCAUUAUCUUUCUUCAUUCUCUCUCUGUUUUCAGUUUUUCUCCCCAAUCUCCGGUUUGAAUUCAUGGCGGAUCUGAAGUCAACAUUCUUGAGGGUCUAUUCUGUCCUCAAGCAGGAGCUCCUUGAGGACCCUGCUUUCGAAUGGACACCAGAUUCCCGUCAAUGGGUUGAGCGGAUGUUGGACUAUAAUGUGCCUGGAGGGAAGCUGAAUAGGGGGCUUUCUGUGGUUGACAGCUACAAAUUGUUGAAAGAUGGACGGGAAUUAACAGAAGAAGAAAUCUUUCUUGCAAGUGCUCUUGGUUGGUGUAUUGAAUGGCUGCAAGCGUAUUUUCUUGUCCUUGAUGACAUUAUGGAUAGUUCUCAUACCCGACGUGGUCAGCCUUGUUGGUUUAGGGUGCCCAAGGUUGGUCUGAUUGCCACAAAUGAUGGGAUUUUGCUUCGCAAUCACAUUCCCAGGAUUCUUAAAAAGCACUUCCGGGGGAAGGCAUACUAUGUAGAUCUUCUAGAUUUGUUUAAUGAGGUGGAGUUUCAAACAGCCUCAGGACAGAUGAUAGAUCUAAUUACAACACUUGAAGGAGAAAAGGAUUUAUCCAAAUACACUUUAUCACUGCACCGGAGAAUUGUUCAGUACAAAACUGCCUACUACUCAUUUUAUCUUCCCGUUGCUUGUGCAUUGCUCAUGGCGGGUGAGAAUCUGGACAAUCACAUUGCUGUGAAAGACAUUCUUGUUCAGAUGGGAAUCUACUUCCAAGUACAGGAUGAUUAUUUGGAUUGUUUUGGUGAUCCGAAGACAAUUGGUAAGAUAGGAACAGAUAUAGAAGAUUUUAAGUGCUCGUGGUUGGUCGUGAAGGCUUUAGAACAUUGCGAUGAAGAGCAAAAGAAAGUGUUAUAUGAGCACUAUGGGAAAGCUGACCCAGCCAGUGUAGCAAAGGUGAAGGUCCUUUAUAAUGAACUGAACCUUCAGGGAGUAUUCAUGGAGUAUGAGAAUGAAAGCUAUGAGAUAUUAGUGACUUCCAUUGAAGCUCAUCCUAGCAAGUCAGUGCAAGCAGUGUUGAAAUCCUUUUUGGCCAAAAUUUACAAGAGACAGAAAUAGAAAAGGAAAAAAGAAGGUAUCCAGAUACAUGGAUAAAGAUUGAAUGAUGAUGAUGAUGAAUAAUGCCAUUUUUAUUUUGGAGUUGUCUUUAGUUUCCUAAUUGAAGAUUCUUACUCUUCUUGUAGAACAAAGUUAAACAUUUUGAUAAUUGAUGGUCCUUGUCUGGGACUUGAAUGAAUGUUCAUCAUCAUUGAUGAAAUUUAAGCUUC